AUGAGCCAUCAGAGCUUCUUCCAGCAAGCGCCGCAGCCCGCCGGCGUGCCGCGCGACCCUCGUCCUCUCCGCGACAGGUCCUACCAGGCCAAGAUAGCGCAGGAACUCCUCGACUACCUCGCGCAGAACAACUUUGAGAUGCAGAUGAAGCACACCCUUUCGCAGAACAUUAUCAAGUCACCGACGCAAAAGGACUUCAACUACAUGUUUCAGUGGCUCUACCACCGCAUCGACCCGAGCUACCGCUUCCAGAAGAACAUCGACCAGGAGGUGCCCCCCAUCCUCAAGCAGCUGCGGUACCCGUACGAGCGGAGCAUCACCAAGAGCCAGAUUGCCGCCGUCGGCGGCCAGAACUGGAGCACGUUCCUCGGCGUGCUGCACUGGAUGAUGCAGCUCGCGCAGAUGCUGGACGGCUACGCGGCCAAUCGCUACGACGACGCGUGCACAGAGAGCGGUAUCGACGUCAGCGGCGACCAUGUCAUCUUCGACUUUCUGAGCAAGGCAUACAGGGAUUGGCUUUCCAUGGACGAAGAUGCGGGCGACGACGAGGCCGACAGGGUGCUGGCGCCGCACGUCGAGCUCAUGGCCGAGGCGUUUGAACAUGCCAACUCCAAAUACUCCUCAGAGCUCGAGAUGCUGGAGGCGGAAAACAGCCGGCUGUUGCGGGAGAUUGAAGACCUGGAAAAGUCAACGCCAGAUCCUGCCCUGCUCGACAACCACUUCAAAAUCAUGGAGGAGGACAAGAUCAAGUUUGAAGAGUACAAUGAACUCGCAAUACAAAGAACGGACAAGUAUGAGAACCGCGGCCAGGUUUUGCAGGAAGAGCUCGACAAGCUCAUGGAGGAGCUCAAAGAGGCCGAGGAAGAGCGCCGCGGGCUGCAAAAGAUUGUGGACGAUCAGGGCAUCAGCAUGCAGGAUAUCGACCGCAUGACCUCUGAGCAAGAUCGCCUUCAGAAGGGUAUCGAACUGGCAAGCCAGAGGCUGGAGGAUGUCAAGAAGAAGCUGGCAGACCGCGAGAUGGAGGCGAGCCACAAGCUCGACGACCUGGAGCGCAUGGUCGACAAUUACAACACGGUCGCCUACCAGAUUGGCCUCAUUCCAGCCACGGCUGUCAACGCCAAGGGCAGAGACUUUGAGCUUCAAGUGACCGUCAACGACGGACCCGACUUUGGCUCCUCUCAACUCAAGGGUUCCAGCGGCUCCGGCUCGACAGACAGGCUGCUCGCAGACCCCACGACGGGCUACCAGCCGGCUCACAUUCUCAACCUGGACCUGCGCGGUCAGGUUAAGAACAGCUUGCUCGCGCUGCGAAAGGAAAUCUCGGAACGAAGAAGUGUCGCGAUGGACUUGAUGAUGAAGGACCACGAUUUGCUGGACGGAAUCAAGGAAGCCAUCGAGGACAAACGGAAUGAGGUGGAGGCCCUAGAGCAUCGCGUGCGCGCAGCUGAGGAAGAAUACGAAAAGACCAAGGAGGGAGACCAGGUCACGACGACGCAAAAGAUGGCUUCCGAUGCCCAAAUUGAGAAGAUGGAGAAGGAACUCGCCAAGAUGCGUGGUUCCCUGUCCGAAUCGGUUCAAUUAAUGGAACAGCGUGAGAUGAACACGAGCAUCGAGUACGAACAGCUCGUGCUGCGAGCAAACGCUCUGCGGGAGGAGCUCCACACGGAGAUUGACCGCAUGCUGAACGAUGUGAUCAAGUUCAAAAUUCACGUGCAGAAGAACCUGGAUGACUACGAAGGCUUUGUAGCCGACGAAUUGGAGAAGGAGCUGGGCAGUGACGAGCUGAGAGAAGAUACCCGUGGACUCGAUAUGUGA